CCGGGCUCCCGCAGCAAACACCCGCCCUCCCUGUCCAGCCAGCGGACAUGGCGCCCCCAGCCCGGCUCCGUGUUCCACGUCCUGAGUCCGCCGCAGUCGCUCGCACGCUGCUACUUGGUUGGGUGCUUGUCCAGAUGGCCCGCGCCGCAGACACGACAGAUAAAGCAUAUAACCUGAUUUGGAAGUCAACUAACUUCAAGACGAUUCUGGAGUGGGAACCCAAGCCCGUCAAUCGUGUCUACACCGUUCAGAUAAGCACUAAACUAGAAAACUGGAAGAGCAAAUGCUUCUACACGACAGACACAGAGUGUGACCUCACCGACGAGAUCGUGAAGGACGUGAGGCAGACGUACACAGCACGGGUGCUCUCCUACCCAGCCAGAAAUGAGAACACUACAGGGUCCCCUGAGGAGCCUCCGUUUACAAACUCACCUGACUUUACACCCUACCUGGACACACACCUCGGACAGCCCACAAUUCAAAGUUCUGAACAAGUUGGAACAAAACUGAAUGUGACAGUGCAGGAUGCACGCACAUUAGUCAGAAGCAAUGGUACGUUCCUAAGCCUCCGGGAUGUGUUUGGCACGGACUUGAGUUAUACACUUUACUAUUGGAAAGCUGCAAGUACAGGAAAGAAAACAGCCACGACGAACACCAAUGAGUUUUUGCUUGACGUGGAUGAGGGAGAAAACUAUUGCUUCAAUGUUCAAGCAGUGAUUGCCUCCCGGAAGAUUAAUGCGAAGAGCUCUGAAAGCCUGGUGGAGUGCACCAGCCACGGGAAAGAUAGACUGAAGGAGAUAUUCUUCAUCACUGGGGGAGUGGUGAUCAUGGUCAUCGUGAUCAUUGCCUUGUCUCUGAUGCUGUACAAGUGCCAAAAGGCAAGAGCAGGACGGAGUGUGAAGGAGAGCUCGCCACUGACCAUUGCAUGAAAGAGGCACCGUUGCAGGUGCCAGCUGCUGCCGAGGCUAUAAGGGAGCAAGAGUGGUUCGCAGAAGACGUGGAGAUGGAAAUAAGAAGCCUGGGGUGGUUAAAAGCCCUUUUUGUGCCCUGCUA